UGCGGUUAUACUGGAGUGGCAGUGGGCAGGAGAGCUGGUGAUGCUGUAUGAGCAUACUCCCCCCUCCACGUAAGAAGACUCGCUGCAUCCAGGUGUGAGCUGUCACACUGCACCGCAUAUGCCCCAGUGUGCAGUCUUCUCCUAGGCUGGAUCCUGGGCUCUCACCAGACUCACAUUCAUCUGUUUACAUAAUAUUCAGAAUUACUUGAGGAUAUUUAAAGAAUUUACAUAUUUUAUUUAUAUAUUUUUUUAUUUUUAUUUUUUUGUGAGAAGACUCUGUUAUUGGUCAGUUAUCUCGGGUAUACCUAGAAGAUGUGGACCUUCCUUGGGGUGGCCACCUUUACCUACGUGUAUAAGAAGUGCGAUGAGUUCCUGAGCGUCCCCCGGCUGGAGGUGCUGCUCACUGUGCUGGGGUGCUGCACUAUAGGCCUUGUGCUGUCUUUGCUGCGAUACCGGGGGCAAACUGGGUCCCAAAAACAGGGCGGUCCUGGGAUUAUCUCCAGGAUGUUCAACUUCAGUGGGGCGAGAGAUGUGGGAAAAGCGGGUGUAAAUGGGGUGAGACAGCGGAAAGCCCAGAACCACCCGUCGUCCUCCACUGACAGUAAUGGUGCCACUGUUUCUGCUACCAGCGCUGGAGAUGGCCCCGAUGUCAUCAUCGUGGGGUCUGGUGUCCUCGGCUCAGCUUUUGCUACAGUUUUGUCGAGAGAUGGGAGGAGGGUGGCUGUCAUCGAAAGAGAUCUAAAGGAGCCAGACCGUAUCGUUGGAGAAUUGCUGCAACCUGGAGGCUACCAAGCCCUGAAGGAUCUGGGACUUGGUGAUGCGGUGGAAGGUCUGGACGCCCAUGUGGUUCAUGGAUAUAUCGUUCAUGAUAUAGACAGUAAAGCAGAAGUGGAGAUCCCGUACCCUAUGAAUGAGGAGAAGCAGCUGCACUGCGGCAGAGCCUUCCAUCAUGGUCGUUUUAUCAUGGGGCUCCGUAAGAUGGCCAUAGCAGAACCCACCACGCAGUACAUUGAGGGCACCGUCCAGAAGUUAAUUGAAGAAAAUGACACUGUUCUAGGAGUCCAGUACAAGGACAAGGAAACUGGGGAUGUGAAGGAACUCCGUGCACCUCUUACAGUCGUCGCUGAUGGACUUUUCUCCAAGUUUAGGAAAGAUCUGAUUACUGGAAAUGUCAAAGUGUCGUCUCAUUUUGUGGGCUGCAUUUUAAAGGAUUCACCACAGUUUAAGGCCAAUCACGCUGAGCUCGUACUGGCCAAUCCCAGCCCUGUCCUCAUCUACCAGAUAUCGUCCAACGAGACCCGGGUGCUUGUUGACAUCAGGGGAGAAAUGCCAAAGAACCUAAAAGAAUAUAUGUUGGAGAACAUCCUGCCGCAGCUUCCUGGUCAUCUACAAACUCCUUUCCACUACGCUGUUGAAAAUGACCGCCUGAGGACGAUGCCGGCCAGCUUCCUGCCACCUUCUCCUGUCAACAAAAAGGGUGUCCUGCUCCUGGGAGAUGCAUACAACAUGAGGCAUCCACUGACUGGUGGAGGAAUGAGCGUGGUCCUGAAUGAUGUGAAGAUUUGGAGACAACUCCUUCAGGAUCUGCCAGAUCUCAGCGAACACUCACAAGUACUGAAGGCCAAGCAGCAGUUCUACUGGUCAAGGAAGAAGUCGCAUUCCUUCGUAGUGAAUGUUCUGGCCCAGGCUCUGUACGAGCUCUUCGCUGCUACUGAUGACUCCUUGCACCAGCUGAGACGAGCCUGCUUCAACUACUUCAAACUUGGAGGAGAAUGUGUCGCCGGCCCCAUAGGACUUCUGUCUGUAUUGUCCCCCAAGCCCAUGCUACUUAUCGGACAUUUCUUCGCUGUGGCCUUUUACGCCGUCUACUACUGCUUCAAGUCAGAGCCCUGGUUGACCAAACCGCGCGCCCUGCUCCGAAGCAGCGCCAUCCUCUACAGAGCGUGUGCCGUCAUCUUCCCUCUCAUAUACUCAGAGAUGAAGUAUUUGGUUUACUAAAUCCAGACGCUGAACAGUUAAACCACGCCACAGAGGGCACAAAAUAGGCAAAGAGGCUCAUGGCGGCGCCACCACAGACUAUCUGGUCCAUAAUGAUCCUAAUCUACACAAGAAUGAUUGCAAAGUAUGGCAUGAUGACUUCUGCAAGUGCACUCACGAGUCGAGGUGCAAAGGGAUGUAUUAUCCGAAUCCUUAAAGAACCUCAGAUGCCUUCGUGCGCAUUGAUACACAUAUGAAAUCUACUGCGGAGGACCAAUGAUUGGACAUAAGCGAACGUGAAGAACUCUGGAGCCAUCUUCACUGGAUACCGCAUCCUUGUAGUCUUCAUGGACGGAUAAUUCCCCUUCCUUUAAAUGCGUUGCACUUUCAUCAGAUUCAUUCUUUAUUUAUUCCUAAACUGUGGAUAGAAGAAAUGAGUUGGGAAUAUUUUAGACUCCCAGAAGUGCAGCCUUAUAUAACCACUGUUCUAACGUCCAGGGGCCAAACGCCUCCGACAUGCCUGUAAUCUUCCAAUUUGUUCUAGGUUUAAUACUGGGCAGUGAAACAACGCAUUUCGUCCUCUGCGGCAGUUGAGAUUUGCAGCAUUCACCUGAGCCAAUGCUGAGUAUUGGACGGAGAUGUAAAUGACUCAUUUGCAGAGAAUAUGUCGCCCAUGGUUCCAUCAUCUUGGUGUAAUGACAUUAAGGCCCCGAUCAUCAAGGCCGUCAUGUGCUGCUGGAGGCGGCGGAUUGAUAUCUAUCUGGAGUCUGGUCGUAAAAACGAAGACUGCGACUAAAGAGUCACAAAUGCAUCGAAAAGUCACAACUUUUCUACACCAAAAAGAGGCAUGGGGGUAUGAUAAAUCCCCCCCCCCCCCAAA